AUGGUUGUGACAAUCGUCGUCAAUCGAAUUUUUCUAUCUAUUUGUAUUAUUAAUUGUUUCGUGGCAUCAGUUUUUCUCAUCAUCGUUCUCGUCAAUCACCAUCGUUAUUCUAGUUUUCUCACUCUACUAGUGUGUAAUACUGUUCUCGGUAUUCUCCUUUAUUCGUCUGUAAACUUUGCGUCGGUGUGUUAUAUGUUCAUUUGGGACGAACAAGUAUUGCCAGUUGUAGAUCCGUUAUGUUCCAUACGCGCUUAUUUUUAUCAUUCGACGAUUGCAUGGAUUCAUCAUUCUUUAGUUCUUCAAGCUCUUGAACGAUAUUUCAAGGUUCGAAGAAUUCUAUUUUUCCGUACGCAUACACGCCAACUAGGCUUUAUUCUCAUUCAAUGGUUAUUUGAUUUUCUCUUUGGUUUACCUGUGCUUUUGACAGGGAACAUGAAGAAGUUGAUGAUAGAUAAUCUAUGUUUUGUCUCGCUCAACGCACUUCCGUGCGUAUUUUAUUUAGCUGGAGUAUCGUUCAUUCUGUCAGAUAUCACUUUGAGUGUAAUCUAUCGCUUGCUCGUGCGUCAUGUGCGCGAGAUUUCAUCACGAUUGAAUGGGAAUCGACUCAUUAAUAUGCAGCGGGAUUUAACAAUAGUACAUCGUAUUGUUUUAUUAAAUAUUCUACUGGUAAUUGUUGGCUUCCCUGUGCUCAUUGUUGUUAUAUGUGUAACCAUUCGUGCUGAUUUAUUACCGAAUAAUACUGUUCGCGUUCUGAUCAUGAUCAUGAAUAUAGCGUUGCUAUUGAUGCUCUUAGUUCUCUUUUGGAUCACUCCAGAUCUACGACAAAGUCUUAUCAACAUUCGGGAUCGAAUCAAACCGCUUCUAUCGAGAAAAAAUAAUCGUGUGCACCCAAUAAUUAGUAAUCACCGAUAUUAA